UUCCAUUUGAAUACGGACAAGUUAAGAAGGCUACAUAAUGUCAUAUGCAAGAACUAAAUGUUCACUGGCUGGAAAAUUCUGUCAAAGAACGUCUCCAAUCUUGGGGUCUAAAAAGCAACAUAAAAAGGUUAAUCGAUCGCUAAAGACUUUCAAUGAAAGAAAAACGGCCGCAAGAAAUUAUGAGGAUUUUGACCAUUCCGAAAAACAAGAUCAUGUUUUAAAACGAAACACUUCUCUACCAAACAUUGCAAGUAUAUGUGAUAUGGAACUUUAUUCCAGUCCUUGGUGCAAAGAUGUCGGACAUCCUCAGUGCAGUAUAAAGAGAUCGCAAAGUUUAGAGUGGGAACCAGUCAGCGCAUUGUUCACGGCAAUUGCUGAAGAUGACCUUGAUGAAAUGGAUAAGAUAUUACAAGAAUAUGAAAUAGAACUCAACUUCCUCGGUACUACGGGUAUUUCUUUUCUUCAUACGGCAGCAUUAGUAGGAAGCACAAAAGCUCUACAACUCCUUCUGAACUCUGGCGCACAAAUAGACUAUGAAGACAUAAACAAUCGUACAAGUUUAGAAAUCGCUCUACUAGCCGGUAAUUUUGACUGUGCAGCUUUAUUGAUAGAGAAUGGCGCUUGUAUGAAUAAAAUUGUUGAUGGUAUUAAAGUUUUUUAAUCAACAAAUGUAGUCAAUAAAUUAGAUUUUGUAUUUAUGAAUUAUAUUGUACAUAGCUAUCAUUUAUGUAAUAUGGCUGUAAAACUAUUUAUGAUUCUAUGAAUCAUUCAAUGAACUAUGAUUUAAUUAGUA